UGUAAAUUGUUGCACCGGAAGAUAUACUGUAAAAAUGCGAAUUCGUUUCGCACAGGAAAACAUUUUCAUUCCGUUUUGAGCUGUGAAGAUGGCAAAUAGGACGGUUAAAGAUGCCAACAGUAUACAUGGAACAAAUCCACAAUACUUGGUAGAGAAAAUUAUUCGUACUCGAAUCUAUGAAUCAAAAUACUGGAAAGAAGAAUGCUUUGGACUGACGGCUGAGCUUGUCGUUGACAAAGCCAUGGCGCUGAAGUUUGUCGGUGGAGUUUAUGGCGGAAAUAUCAAACCUACACCGUUCCUGUGUCUCACUCUGAAGAUGCUGCAGAUCCAGCCAGAGAAAGACAUUAUUGUAGAAUUUAUCAAAAACGAGGAUUUCAAAUAUGUCCGCUUGCUUGGCGCCAUGUACAUGAGGUUGACUGGGACAUCAGUGGAUUGCUACAAAUACCUGGAACCACUGUACAACGACUACAGAAAAAUCAAGAGUCAGAACCGAAAUGGGGAGUUUGAGCUGCAACAUGUCGAUGAGUUUAUUGAUGAACUGCUACACUCUGAGAGAAUGUGUGACAUAAUCCUUCCCAGGCUUCAGAAAAGGCAGGUUCUUGAGGAGGCGGAGCUGUUAGACACGCGCAUCAGUGCCCUGGAAGAAGACCUGGAUGAGGUGGAGACCAGCGAAGAGGAAGAUGAGGAAGAGGAGAAGACAGAGAGAGUUCAGACCCCAGAGCCCCACAGACGGAGUUACCGAGACAACGAUCGGCCUCGCCGCUCGCCCUCUCCACGCUACAGACGCAGCAGUCGUUCACCCAGACGGAGGAGCAGAUCACCUAAGAGACGAAGCCCAUCCCCCAGGCGAGAACGUCACCGCAGCAAAAGCCCCCGUCGUCACCGCUCCCGAGAGAGACGUCACCGCUCAAAGUCCCCAGGGCAUCACAGAAGCCACAGGCAUCGCAGUCACUCCAAAACCCCAGAGAGGAGUUCAAAAAAGAGCCACAAGAAGAGUCGAAGAGGAAACGUGUGAUCCACUUUGUAUUUUGUUCUCUUUGAUAGUUCCUUUUUCCGACUUGGACAUUAUUGUGGCCAAAUUUGUACGGAAUCCCUUGUAUUUUGUUUUAGAAAGUAAUUGCAUUUUAAGAUAUUUCCAGACCAUGUAGCAGAAAGAAUCCAUUUCAAUUUUAUUUCUAAAAUCUGCAGCUCAUAUAGAACUGUCCACAACCCUAUGUAUCACUGAAUAAAGUUGCUUGGUGGUUUGAACAUAA